GGUUUAAAGACCUACCCACCUUGUAAUAAAAACUCAUAAGACCUAAAAUCCAAAAACACAUAAAAUCAGAAUCAAUAAAAAGCAGGGGGGUCUCUGAAGGUCAAGGUGAUGGCGUCGAAACGGAUCCUGAAGGAGCUCAAGGACCUCCAGAAAGAUCCUCCUACUUCUUGCAGCGCUGGUCCAGUUGCAGAAGACAUGUUCCACUGGCAGGCAACAAUAAUGGGUCCAGCUGACAGUCCUUAUGCAGGUGGAGUGUUUCUUGUCACUAUCCAUUUUCCUCCAGACUAUCCUUUCAAGCCACCCAAGGUUGCAUUCAGGACAAAGGUGUUUCACCCUAAUAUCAACAGCAACGGUAGCAUUUGCCUUGACAUAUUGAAAGAACAGUGGAGCCCUGCCCUGACCAUAUCCAAGGUGUUGCUUUCGAUCUGUUCAUUGUUGACAGACCCAAACCCUGAUGAUCCUUUGGUGCCGGAGAUUGCCCACAUGUACAAGACUGACAAGAACAAGUAUGAGACCACCGCAAGGAGCUGGACUCAGAAGUAUGCUAUGGGUUAGUCCGAGCGCUGCUAGGACCGUGUGACUGAGGGCUGCUUUCCCUGUGGCAUUAUGAUCAUCUGAUCAGAUGUAUGAAUGAAUGUGUGAUCGAUGUGUUCUUCACAUAAGCGGACCAAAAGGGAGAGUUUUCUGCCCUCGGAACACUAUUGCUUUUGAAUUGUUAAUUUGUUAUGCAAAAUUGUUUAUGAGACUUCGAAACCAAUA